UACAUAUAUGCUUCAUGCCUGGUUCUAGUUUUCAUCUUCAUAAUCCAUUCUUUAUGUCGAUUCUAAACAUUCGUGUAUCAUGAUUCAAAAUUGUCUGAUAUUUUAAUAUUUUUUUGUGUCGCUGUUGUAUGUGUAAGCAAUUAGACGCAUGAGUUCAAAGAAUAAACAUUUAUACAAUAUUAAGUGGGAUAGAUCUACUUUUUUCUCAAGGAUGACCAUACGACUCUAUCUCUACUGCACGACGAUAUAACUCGAGCACACCGAUGCUCCAAAAGCUAUACGUCGAACAUAAAUAGAACCAACAUUUGCGUUACUCGAAUGACAAGUUUACUUAAUUUCACACUUGAAAAUAUUUUACUGAAUAGAAAGGAAAAAUCACGAGAAUGACGAGUGUGGCACGGAGGUUGCAAGAGAUUUAUUUUCCUGUAAUUUCGCUUUGAAUCGAUUAAUUGAGUGUAUUUCGGCGCACAUAGAAAUGGCGGAUACUAUACUUAUCAUACAUCUCGUAUUCUUGUUGACAUUGAGAUUAUGUGCAGGUGAACGAGAGAUUGCGUUACAGGACCAAGAUAUUUCUUUUGAUGAUGAGAAAUUGGAUUCACCUGAGCCUUUAGGUCAUAAUCUCGGUUUCAAUACAAUUGGUCAAAAACGUUUUAAGUGCCAUUGUGACGAUUCCGAAUGUUCGCCGUCAAACGUUUGCAGCGGCGCAAUCACUUGUUGGAAGUCCAGAGUGAGAGAAACCGAUGGCACAGAGUAUGUCAAUCGUGGUUGUUAUGAAAAAGAAGAACACAAAUUAUUGAUGUGUAAUAGAGAAAACGGUCAAAAUACAGAACAGCAUAAAAAAAGAAAUGUUAGAGAACUGUCAGGUGGUGCCCAGUUCUCUGUGGAAUGUUGUCAAGCGGACCUUUGUAAUGUUGGGCCAUAUCCGAAAUUGGAAGAUUAUUAUACAAUUGAUGCUGACAAUGAAUAUUAUGUAAUAAAAUUAACAUUUGCGGUUCUUGGAUUACUGAUUGGUUUGCUCAUUGUUGGGGGAAUUAUGCUUAGUCUACUAUCGCAUCUAAUACGAAGAAAACCAAUAAUCCCACGUCGGAACAAACUUAUUUUAGAUUCCGAAGUUGAAUCUUCCAUGUUACAUUUCUCUUUUUCCUCACCUAUGUCGUCCGCUACUAAUCAUCCACACGAACUUAGAGCAACAGCUGCUGGUGAUAGUACGCUUAAGGAAUACUUAGAUGGGCGAAGUUUAACCAGUGGUUCUGGUUCUGGAUUACCGUUGUUAGUACAAAGAACUUUAGCUAAACAAGUAGCUUUAGUAGAGUGUCUCGGUAAUGGCAGCAGUGGAGGAUUCGGUGGAGAAGUGUGGAGAGGAGUUUGGCAUGGCGAAAAUGUAGCUGUAAAAAUCUAUUUUUCGCGAGAUGAGGCUGCAUGGACUCGAGAAACCGAGGUCUAUUCUCAACUGUUACCGUCCAGACACGACAAUAUUUUAGGUUAUAUCGGUAGCGACAUGACUAGUAGAGCCAGUUGUACCCAACUUUGGCUGGUGAUGCAAUACCAUCCUCUCGGUUCGCUCUUUGAUCACCUCAAUCGAUCACCCCAUCCAUUGACACCUCAUCAAACACUCAAUAUUUCUCUGAGUAUUGCCAAUGGCUUGCUUUAUCUUCAUACGGAAAUUCAUGGCACUAAGGGAAAACCAGCUAUGGCCCAUCGUAAUAUCAAAUCGAAGAACAUUCUGGUCAAAACCAAUGGUGGUUGCGUAAUUGCCGAUUUUGCGUUGGCAGUUACACAAGAUCGUUUAUUAGCGGACAGAGUCGAUUUACGACAAGGAACAAAACGCUAUAUGAGUCCUGAAUUUCUUGAACAAACGGUAAACGUUGAAUGUUUAGAAAGCUUUAGACGGGCUGAUAUCUACAGUAUGGGACUGAUUCUAUGGGAAGUCUGUCGCAGAUGCAUAAGUAAUGGUGUAGCCUUAGAAUACGCAAUGCCAUACAGCGAAUGGUUAUCGAGCAGCAAUCAAGAACCUUCCAUAGAAGAAAUGCGUAAAUUGGUUUCAUUAGACCAGCGGAGGCCGCCACUUCCUAAUAGGUGGCAUUCUGAUCCGACAUUGGCUGGAAUGGGAAAGCUAAUGCGUGAGUGUUGGCAUGGGAAACCAGCAGCCAGGCUCCCUAUUCUUAGGGUAAAGAAAACUCUCAUUAAAUUAGCAGCUAGUGAUUCACGUGUUCAUUUACCCCUUGACUGACCAGUAUUCAUCUUACCAAGCUCUCUUUUAUUCAUCUAUUUAUUACUAUGGUUGCUACACUAACUUGUCAUAUACAUUAUAAAUUUCAUUAUCAUUAUCAUCAUUCAUGCGUUAUCAGAUAGUUAUAUCAUGAAAAUAAAGAAAUAUCGUAUAUUGACAUAUCGAAGUAACGAUGGUAAUAACUUUGUUAACGUAAUUUGGCAUAUGAAAUUUAUUGCCUUAUGUUCCAUUAUCUCAUUCUGGAACAAUAGUAAUAUUAAGUAUAUAAUUUCGUAGCAUAAAGUCGAAUUAAGGAAUACUUUUAUUUCAACAGAAUUUGAAUAUUUUGAUUAUUCAAAAUUUAUUAAAAAAUGGCUAUCACAAAGAACGUAAUUAAACAUUGACAAUUUAAUAGAAUUGUGAAAAUAAUAGUAUAAUUUUUCUAAGCGAUUAAUUUUAGACAUUUUAUUUAAUAAGAGAUACUUUACUACACAAUAUUAAAUUAUUUCAUUACUUUAGAUGCUUUUUAAAAUGACUGGUUCGGUUUAGUCUUAGCUAGUACAUGUACAAAAAAAUUAACAAUCGAAUCGGUGAUAAUAUAAAAAAUAUAAUGUUUCCAGUAAAUUCCUUCUAAAAAUGCCAGAUACUGAAACAUUCGUUUAAGGAUUCCUUAAGUAUUGACUGCUUGAACAAAUAAUCAAAAAAGAUUUAUAAAUAGAUAGUAUAUUUCUAUUAUUAGAAUUAUCAUAAAUAUCACAUGUCUUUCUCAUAAAAUUAUAAUAUCGGCGCAAGUUACAGAUAAAAGUAAUUGAUAAGAAAAGAUAAAGAGCAUGUAAGAGAUUAUCACAAACGUCCUGUAUAAUACUUAGAAUAUAAAUAUUAAGAAUUGCUUUUUUGUUCGAUGUUUAUGUACAAAGAUAAUUAUGUAUGAAAUAAUUGAGGAUUAAUUGUUAAAGAAUGCACAAAGGAUGUGUAAUUCAUGCGGCAUAUAAUGUAAUCAGAUGUAAUACAAUCAUUAUAUGUACAAAGAUCGAUAUCUAACGCAUACUGUAUAUUGACUCAACACAAAUUACGACGUCGCAAUGUAAAAAAUACACUACUUUAUUAAUUAUUCUUUAGAGGUAAUAACAAUAACUUUUCUAACAAAGCGCUAUUACUUGAACUUUAAUUACCAAUGCAUUGUUUGAAAAAUUGCUGGAGAUGCGACGGAUCGUUGGUAUGCAGUAAAAUUAUAAAUGUAUAUCUUUGUAUUAAUGGUUCUAAUUCGACAGGAUAUUCGAGAAGUCGGGAAAAUAAAUUUAAUGCAUACUUCCAAUAUUAACGGACGAUAUAAGAUUGUAUCUCCGACAAUCUAAACUCUUUGAGACUCCUACAACUGACGUCCUAUUUUUUCUAUUGCUUUGAAACUUCUUGCAAUAAUGGGUAACUUUAUGAUCGUUUGUAUCUUCUUCCUUUUUGUCUUUUUCUUUCCAUGUUGUGUUUCAUUGUGAGUUUUAAAGCCUUGUCUUAUAAAAAAAUGUGAUUGUGACAAUUAACCAUGUAAUUCAGAAUAUUCAAAAUGUUAUCACAGUUCUCUGGUAGUAUUUUAAAGAAAACAUUUUAAUGAAAAUUUAAAAUAAGUUGAGUAUGUUUUAUUCAAUCAGAGCUAAUUUUAGUGCUUAAAAAUAUUUUUGCAUAAAUUUUAUAAUUUUUAACAGUAAAAUAUUACAAAAUACUAAAAGACAAAAUACUUUAGAAAAUUCUUGAAAGGACAACAAUAUAAUGGAUAAUAUUCUCGAAUAUCAUAGUUUAAGAUAAAACAAUUCUCAUUGUUUUUAAUAUCUUUAUUUUUUAUAACGUUUAUUUUUUUAACAAAAACUAUUAGAGAUAAAAGCAUUAUCAUUUUAUUAAUAAGAAUAAAACAUUAAUAUGUUUGUAAAACUGAACAAUAAUUUAUACUGAAUGUAAAAUAGCUUUUGUACUAAUUUUAAUACUUUAUCGACAAAGUAAUUAAAUAUUUUUUAAGGUCAGAAUUAGCAGCUUAAAAACUAAAAAAA